AUGCCAUUAUCUCUUCAAAAACCGACCAAUCUCCUCCACCCCAUAUCAUGGAACCUUCGUAUGAACAGCCUCACCACCAAACAUUCAAAACCGAGUUAUAAAAAUCUGAUUUUUAAAAGAGUUCAAUUUUUUUCAUCUCUCAGAACCUCUCUUGACUGUCUCUCUUCUGAUGGAGGUGUUGAGAAGGGUUUGCAACCGAUUCGGUUACCCUUUGUGGUUAGGAGUCCCACCAAAGUCACUAGGUUCUUUUGGAAUGGUGGCGGCUUGGAGUUGGUCGUUGUUGAUGGUGGUUCUGGUUCUUCUGACGAGGAUGGAUUGGUGAGGGUGUUUGGUUCUGUUCUUAGGGACUUUUUUAUUCCGAGAGAAGUCACUGAGAAUUAUAUGGAUUAUGUGAAGUGGAAGCUGGUUCAUCGUGUUUUCAGCUCUGCACUUCAAGUUCUUGCUACUCAGGCAAUGUUUACCGCCAUAGGAGUUGGAUACUCCAGUUCUCUUCCAUCAGCUGCUGCUCUUAAUUGGGUCCUAAAAGACGGUCUUGGACGACUAAGCAGAUGCAUAUACACUGCUAGCCUAGCUUCUGCUUUUGAUACUAAUUUAAAGAGGGUCAGGUUGGUCACAUCUGUUCUUUUUGUUGGAAGUAUUGGACUUGAGUUACUCACUCCUGCAUUUCCUCGAUUAUUCCUGCUGCUUGCAACUAUUGCCAAUAUUGCUAAACAAAUAAGCCUGGCAUGCUACUUAGCAACUCGGUCAGCUGUUCAUCAAAGUUUCGCAAAAGCAGACAACCUUGGUGAAAUUUCUGCCAAGGCACAGAUUCAAACAGUGUGCUUUGACAUCCUUGGUCUCAUGCUUGCGGCCUUGGUUAACAUGUGGCUUGCAAGACCACAAACAGGUCUCCAUUUCUUUGUUUAUCCCUUUUUUGCAUCUAUGGACCUUUUCGGGAUUUAUCAAGGACUAAAGCAUGUCCAUCUGCAAACCUUGACUAAGGAUAGGCUUGAAAUCAUUCUGAGCAUUUGGAUUGAGAACGGAUACGUGCCUUCACCGGCGGUGGUGAGCGAGAAAGAAGUAAUCGACUUUUUGGGAGUUAAAGGUAAAAAAAGCUCGUGGCCAAUUAGAAUAGGGUGCAUAAAUCCCAAGGAUGAAAUACCAAAUUGGUCAAUGAAGACAAUUCAAAGCAUAACCGACGAGGAUUAUUACUUUGUAUGCACGGAGAUCUUCAAAGGAUUAGAAAGAACUCAGAAUCGUAUUCUUCUUUCCAUCCGCGAAGGAGCCGAAGCAGUGCAUAUAAUUACUGGUUUGCUGCAGGCUUGCUACAUCAGAAGGACUCUCGGGAACAACGCAUCAAACUCAGCACUUGAGGACUGGCCUGUAAUUGUUGAGGAUUGCAAGAGAAGUGCUGAAAGGGAUAUAGGUAAUUUGAUUGAACAAAUGGUGGGAAAGGGUUGGGUGGUGAAGAACAUUUUAUUGUCAAAGAAAGAGCAAGGUAGAUACAGUUUUGUGUGUGAAUAA